AUGAAGGCGCGCCUUAAGAGAGUCCGUCCCGGCUCUUCAUCUACCACGAUACGAGUACUGUCCUGGAGUGCAAAGCAUAAGGCGAGCGGACACGGUAGCUGGAGAAGAAUGCAGAUCUACAGAGGUGAUCCUGGCAUGCACAUCUCUAACCAGCUCUGGUACUCCAACAGAGCGAGUCUGAAUACGUCCUCGUCUGAAGAGCUGAAUGACUUCAACCCACUCUUCUACGACACUGAUCGGGCAAUAUUCUACCGUUCUCCGUUUGAGAUUACGACAUUAACGAGUCCAUGCCUUGACGCAGAGACCUGGAUUAGUGCUAAGGAUAUACUGAAGGAGUGCAAGGGGAGUUGGAGACGGAUGCGGCUCUUUGGGUUCGAUGCACGAUCCAGGAAGGUCCAAGUCUAUGGCUUGGGUGGUAAAGCUCGUAAAUCUGCUGUGAUUGCAUUCGAAGUUGAGGGUGGCGUUACAGCGGGAGAGUUGAUCAGUAUCCUGCGGAAGUGGCUGAAGGAGCAUGCGAACCAGAGCAAUGGUUCAAUCUGGGAGCCAUGA